UUGGGAUUUCACAGCACACUGAGCAUCAUUUUGAGCAUUUUGAACACAUUCCGUUUUUGACUUGGACUGGAGUCCGUUUGUUGUUCGUCCGGGUGGCAAUGAUGGCUACACUACCAGGAACGAUGCCUCGGAUGAUGCGCCCUGCGCCGGGCCAGAACUACCCCCGAACCGGCUUCCCCCUGGAAGUAUCCACCCCCCUGGGCCAGGGUAGGGUGAACCAGCUUGGCGGUGUGUUCAUCAACGGGAGGCCCCUGCCAAAUCACAUCCGACACAAGAUAGUGGAGAUGGCCCACCACGGCAUCCGACCCUGCGUGAUCUCGCGACAACUGCGAGUUUCUCACGGUUGUGUCUCCAAGAUCCUCUGCCGAUACCAAGAGACCGGCUCCAUCCGCCCGGGAGCCAUAGGAGGCAGCAAGCCCAGGGUGGCAACUCCUGACGUGGAGAAGCGGAUCGAGGAGUACAAGAGAGAGAACCCCGGCAUGUUCAGCUGGGAGAUCCGGGAUAAGCUGCUGAAGGACGGGGUGUGCGACAGAAGCACAGUUCCUUCAGGUGAGGCUUCAUCUGUGAGCUCCAUCAGCCGCGUUUUGAGGGCCCGAUUUGGCAAAAAAGAUGGCGAGGAUGACUGUGAUAAGAAGGAUGAAGAUGGAGAAAAGAAAACAAAGCAUAGCAUCGAUGGCAUCCUCGGUGAUAAAUCUAACCGCACAGACGAAGGUUCAGAUGUAGAUUCGGAGCCCGACCUGCCCCUAAAAAGGAAGCAGAGACGCAGUCGCACCACCUUCACCGCUGAGCAGCUGGAUGAGCUGGAGAAGGCCUUCGAAAGGACACAUUACCCAGACAUCUACACCAGAGAGGAGCUGGCUCAGAGGACAAAACUCACAGAGGCCAGAGUACAGGUUUGGUUUAGCAACAGGCGAGCUCGGUGGCGCAAACAGGCCGGGGCCAACCAGCUAGCGGCUUUCAACCACCUGCUUCCUGGAGGAUUCCCCCCCACAGGGAUGCCAAAUUUACCCACAUACCAGCUACAAGAGUCCGGCUACCCCGGGACCACGCUAUCACAGGACGGUACUUUGCACAGACCCCAGCCCCUGCCUCCAUCUUCCAUGCACCAGGGAGGCCUGGGUGCCGACAGCAGCUCUGCUUAUGGUCUCUCGUCCAAUCGCCACAGCUUCUCCAGCUACUCCGAUACUUUCAUGAGCCCUUCAGCCUCCAGCAACCACAUGAACUCUGUGGGCAACGGGCUCUCCCCACAGGUGAUGAGUAUCCUGAGUAACCCCAGCGCUGUAUCCUCCCAGUCCCAGCACGACUUUUCCAUUUCCCCCCUGCACGGCAGCCUGGAAAGCUCCAACCCCAUCUCUGGCAGCUGCAGCCAGCGCUCCGACAGCAUCAAGGACAGCCUGGCUUCCUCCCAGUCAUACUGCCCCCCCACCUACAGCGCCACCAGCUACAGCGUGGACCCCGUUACUGCAGGCUACCAGUACAGCCAGUACGGCCAGACUGCUGUGGACUACCUGGCCAAGAACGUGAGCUUGUCCACCCAGAGGAGGAUGAAACUUGGAGACCACUCGGCCGUGCUCGGACUGCUGCAGGUGGAGACAGGACAGGCCUACUAAACCCUCCCUGGGACGCAACCUGCGCCACUCUCCUCCGCCCUCUGCCACCCUCCUCCAUGCUCCAUCCAGUCUGGACUCCAGCUCGCCUCUUUGGUGCUCGCUCCGCAGCCUGGCCAUGACAUCAGAGCACAGACAAAUUGACGCUUGCGGGUGUGACAAUGCACUCCGGGGAAUGGAAGUAAACUUUUCACACCAUUGUCAACCACCAGGCGGCUCUGAACCCUCUCUUCUAAAUAUUUGGGCAUCUCUGCCUGCUCCUUGUACUCCUCCCCCAGCCCCAUACUCUGUUUUGAUUUGGUCCCAUACAGGACCCCUGAACACCCGAGGAUGGUCGGGUUCCUGUUUGUCAGGGCUGCAGUCCAGCACACAUUUAGAGCCAUCAACAACAUGUACUUUGCCCUUGCUGUUCAUAGUAGUUAACAAAGCCAAUAUCAUUUGAACGACUCUUAUUCUUGUUCCUUUUUGAUAUUGUUAAGAUUAUUGUUGCUGUUAUAUGAUUAUGGUUAAUGUGAUUUAUGUUGUUCUUUGAUUCCAUUCGUAUCUCUUUUCUCUGUUAGAUGUUGGUGUGUAAAACACAGUGUGGAUGACUGAGAUGAUUUGGGAGUAAGUGUCUGUGGCGUGUGCAUGUUUUGUGUGCCGGCACAGUCACACAAAGAGAGGAUGAUUGUUUUCCAAGCUGCAGUUCCUCUGCCUGCUCCCUGAGCUCUAAUGUUCAUGAGCGAUUUGACCUUCCCUCUUUCAUAUUCAUCUUGACAUUCCUAAAGAACUUGGCCACUCUGUGGGAAGUCUGGCUGGAUGGAUUCUGCAGGGAAUUAAAGCAGCGUUUUGGCGGCCAAUAGCUUUCCCCUUCUAACCUCCAUCCCAUCCUUAGCUGCAGUCCAUGGGG